GAAAAUAAACCAUUUUGCGCGUAGAUAACAUGCGGUUCUGUUUCUGAGCGCUUUUUUAUCCUUGAUAAGCGCGUUUGAAAAAACGAAUUUCUACGCUGGCCGUUGUAUGUCUGACUCCAGCUGUAGGACGGAAGCUGCCUGUCCCAGCCAGGCCCAGGGGCCUAAGUCGUCUGCUGCAUUCCACUGCUGGCCUCGGGACUGGGUAGACGUCUGUGAUUCAAUCUCUAGUGACUUUAUUAUGAAAGUUGACAUAUCUUAUUUUUAACUUCGUUAUGUAAAAAGUGCGACGUAGAAGUGCCUCAAGAAACAGGGGGCUCCGGAUUUGGGAAUGGUCGGGUUUCGUUGGCUCGCAGUGCUGCAGCAGAUCGCAUGUGCCUAUGAGGUUAAGUCUCCACCGAACAAAACAUUGACUUAAACUGUUAUUCAAAGUUUGUUCAUGUGAUGUGACAACUGACAAGAAAGUAAACAUACCAUGAGGUCCAAAAAGAAGAAGGUUGAGACGACGGCGCGCAGCUGGGUGGAGGCAUCGUUCCAGAAGCGCGAGUGCGUCAAGUUCAUCCCCAACGCCAAGGAUGACUACCGGUGCUGCUGCGGACUGCCCCCGGACCAGCACCGCGCCGGCACGUCGCUGGGCGGCGGCUCGGAGUCGCCGUCGGAGCAGUGGUCGCCGGCGCGGUGCACCGUGGCGGCCCCGACGGACGCGUACGGCACGGUGGAGUUCCAGGGCGGGCCUCACAGCCUCAAGGCGCAGUACGUGAGGCUGGCCCACGACACGCGGCCCGACCAGAUCCUGCAGCUCUUCACGCGCGAGUGGACGCUGGAGCUGCCCAAGCUGCUCAUCACGGUGCACGGCGGCAAGGCCAACUUCGAGCUGCAGCCGCGCCUCAAGAAGGUGCUGCGCAAGGGGCUGCUGCGCGCCGCCAAGACGACGGGGGCCUGGAUCUUCACCAGCGGCACCAACACGGGCGUGACGCGCCAGGUGGGCGACGCGCUGGUGUCGGAGCGCGCGCAGCGGGGCCCCGGGCGCGUGGUGAGCAUUGGCAUCGCGCCCUGGGGCAUCGUGGAGGGCCACAGCGAGCUGGUGGCGCGCGGCAGGGAGGUGCCCUACCACGCCAUCGCCUCGCCCCGCUCCAGGAUGGCCGUGCUCAACAGCAGGCACGCCUACUUCCUCAUGGUGGACAACGGCACGCAGGGCCGCUACGGCGCCGAGGUGGUGCUGCGCCGCAAGCUCGAGAAGUACAUCUCCAUGCAGAAGCUCAACCCCAGCACCCACUGCAGCACCCCGGUCGUGUGCCUCGUCAUCGAGGGCGGCACCAACACCAUCCGCGCCGUGCUGGAGUACGUGACGGACUCGCCGCCCGUGCCCGUCGUCGUGUGCGACGGCUCGGGCCGCGCCGCCGAUCUCAUCGCCUUCACGCACAAGUACGCGUCGGAGAGCGGCGAGCAGACGGUGCUGGAGAACAUGAAGGAGUACCUCAUCACCACCAUCAUGCGCAUCUUCGAGGUGGGCCCGGAGAAGGCCGAGGGCCUGUACCAGGAGCUGCUGGCGUGCACGAGGAAGAAGCACCUGAUCACGGUGUUCCGGAUGAGCGACCGGCAGGACGCGCCGCAGGAGCUGGACCAGACGAUCCUCACCGCCCUGUUCAAGAGCCAGCACCUGUCGCCCUCGGAGCAGCUGCAGCUGGCCCUCACCUGGAACCGCGUCGACAUCGCGCGCUCCGAGAUCUUCGUCUACGGCCAGGAGUGGCCCCCAGGCGCGCUGGAGGAGGCCAUGAUGCAGGCGCUGGAGCACGAUCGCCUGGACUUCGUCAAGCUGCUGCUGGAGAACGGCGUGAGCAUGCGCAAGUUCCUGACCAUUCCAAGACUGGAGGAGCUCUACAACUCGAAAAACGGACCAAGCAACACGCUGGGGUACAUCCUGCGAGACGUGCGGCCCCACAUCCCCAGGGGCUACGUGUACACGCUGCACGACAUCGGGCUGGUCAUUAACAAGCUGAUGGGCGGAGCCUACAGGGCUCAGUACACGCGGCGGAAGUUUCGCAUGAUCUACACCAAGGUGAUGAAGAAGUCGCCGCACGUCCAGCGGAACAGUUCGUCGUUCAUCCGCUACGUCGGCAACCAGAACGCCACGCUGAGCCUGCUGGCGGAGACGCUGCCGUCGUCGCCGGACAUGCCCUACUUCGACCACCCCUUCAACGAGCUGCUGACGUGGGCCGUGCUGACGAAGCGGCAGCACAUGGCGCUGCUCAUGUGGCAGCACGGCGAGGAGGCGCUGGCCAAGGCCCUGGUGGCCGCCAAGCUGUACAAGGCCAUGGCGCACGAGGCCGCCGAGGACGACCUGGAGGCCGAGAUCUACGAGGAGCUGCGGAGCUACGGCAAGGAGUUCGAGAACAUCGCGCUGGAGCUCCUUGACUACUGCUACCGCCAGGACGACGACCAGACGCAGAAGCUGCUGACGUGCGAGCUGCAGAACUGGAGCGGGCAGACGUGCUUGAGCCUCGCCGUGAGCGCCAACCACCGGGCACUGCUCGCCCAUCCAUGCUCCCAGAUUAUCCUGGCCGACCUGUGGAUGGGCGGGCUACGAACACGCAAGAAUACAAACCUCAAAGUGAUUUUGGGCCUGCUGUGCCCAGCCUACAUACCGCAGCUGGAGUUCAAGUCCCGCGAGGAGCUCCAGCUGAUGCCGCAGACCGAGGAGGAGCACCAGCUGGGCCUCGAGGAGGAGGAGGAGGAGUCGGUGGAGGGCGGCCUGACCAACAAGCGCGCCGGGGACGGCCAGCACCGCAACACGGAGCCGGACAUCGAGAAAAAGGCCAUUUCUCGAAUGCUGAGUAUGAAAGCCAAGCAGGCGUUGUUAGUGCCUCCGCCCAUUGUUAAGUCAAAGAUAAAGAAAAAGGUGCUCAUCAUGGAGCCCCGGGACUCGCUCGUGCAGGAGAACGGCAAGGUUGUCCUGGACGACGGCCAGUCGAACCCGCUGCUGCAGUUCCCCAUGGACUUCUACGACCUGAAGAAGGAGGAGAGGCCCCUCAAGCUGGAGAAGAAGCUGUACGAGUUCUACACCGCGCCCAUCAGCAAGUUCUGGGGCCACUCGAUCGCCUACAUGGUGUUCCUGUACACGUUCAGCUACGUGGUCCUGGUGCGCAUGCCGGCCAUGCCCACCUGGCCCGAGCUCUACGUCAUCGGCUACGUGACGGCCUUCGGCUGCGAGAAGGUUCGCGAGCUGCUGUCGGCCGAGCCGGUCGGCUUGAGGCACAAGCUAGCCGUGUGGGCCUGGAACAUGUGGAACCCGUGCGACGUGGUGGUGGUGGUGUUCUUCCUGGUGGGGCUGGUGCUGCGGCUCCAGGCCGCCCUCAUGUCCGUCGGCCGGCUGCUCUUCUGCGUCGACAUCAUCUACUGGUACCUGCGCAUCUUCACCAUCCUCAGCGUCAACAAGUACCUCGGUCCGCUGGUGACGAUGAUGGACAAGAUGGUCAAGAACAUGAUCUACUUCGUGGUGCUGCUGCUGGUGGUGCUCAUCUCCUUCGGCGUGUGCCGCCAGGCCAUCCUGUACCCGGACAACGAGGCCAGCUGGGACCUCAUCAAGGACAUCUUCUUCCAGCCCUACUUCAUGCUGUACGGGGAGGUGUUCGCGGACGCCAUCGACCCGCCGUGCGGCGACGGCCCGGACAUGAAGCCCUGCCGGGUGGGCCGGUGGGUGAGCCCCGUGGUGAUGUCGCUGUACCUGCUGGUGGCCAACAUCCUGCUCAUCAACCUGCUCAUCGCCGUCUUCAACAACAUCUUCAACGAGGUGAACGCCAUCUCGCACCAGGUGUGGAUGUUCCAGCGCUUCACCGUCGUCAUGGAGUACGAGCAGAAGCCGGUGCUGCCUCCGCCCUUCAUCCUCUUCAGCCACCUCUACAUGCUGGCCCAGUUCGUGCUGCGCAAGCUGCGCGGCCAGCGCUCCGAGACCUACGACAACGGCCUCAAGCUCUUCCUGGAGAACGACGACCUGGAACGCCUCCACGACUUCGAGGAGGAGUGCGUGGAGGGGUACUUCCGGGAAAAGGACGCCAAGCUGCUGAGCAGCAUGGAGGAGCGGGUGCGCACCAUCAACGAGCGGGUGGACCACAUCAGCCAGAAGGUGGAGGACGUGGUGCAGAAGGAGACGGCGCACGCGUCCACGUACCAGAACAUCGAGUUCCACCUGCGCAAGCUGGAGGAGCUGUCGGACCAGACGGUGUCUCACCUGGGCGUGAUCCACCGCUUCAUGGCGACGCAGGGCCGCGACGCGCCGUCCGCGCAGGCGCCCUUCCCCUUCCCGUUCCCGUUCGCCAACAUGACGGGCUCGAGCCAGGACGUGCAGUCGCAGUCGGUGGGCCUGGCGACGGCGGGCCUGCAGGGCAGCCCCGUGGUCCCGGACAGCAACCGCUUCCGGCGCUUCAGCGAGCGCUCCGAGCUGGAGGGGCAGCCGUCGGGGCCGGGCCGCUCCGAGACGUCGGGGUCGGCCACCGAGCUCGCGUCGCCCGGGCCGCCGUUCCCGCGGCGCAGGCCCGUGCGGUCGUGGACCGAGGUGCGGCCCGAGCGCUCCGACAACGUGUUCGAGCAGCAGGCCAAGCCGUGCGUGCUCAUGGAGGAGGGGCAGGAGGACUCGACCGAGUCCGACCUGGACGACGUGGCCGACGUGGCCGACGUGCCCAUCACCGGGUCGCUGUCCACGUCCAUCACGUCGCCGCCGGGCUCCGUGCCGGGCCCGCUGCCGGGCAUCUGCGCCGUGGGCCCGGGGCUGCGGUACGGAGGACACCCGCACCCGCAGCGCGUCCGCAGGGCCAGCGAGACGGAGUGGGGCAAGCGGACGCGCGGCCGCGAGCGCAGCCAAUCGCUGGGCGGCGACGACCUCGACAAGAACAUGGAGUCCGACCUGGAGACGCGCUUCAUGCGGACCCAGAGCCAGUCCGAGGGCUCGGCGCUGCCGCCCAGCUACUUCCAGACGCGGCGGCAGCUCAGCCAGACGCACUCGGAGCCCGAGGGCUACGCCGUCGGCUCGGGGGUGCUGCUGGCCGCCUCGGGCACCAUGGGCACGGCGGGGUCGGCGUCCAGGAUCUCGGGCAGCAGCAGGGAUGGCGACCGCGACGUGGCGCCCCGCUGCAUGGUGCUGCCCACCGCGCGCGCCACGCUCCGCGCCAUGCACACCGAGUACACGAGCAUCACGGACGAGCUGGAGACGGUCUGCGGCCUGCUGUCGCCGUCGCGCACCGAGCACCUGUCCCUGGGCGAGGCGGCGCAGCGCGUCCGGCACGCCUCCGAGAUGUCCAACCCGGAGAUGGCCAUGUUCUUGGAGAAGGAGACGCUGCGCGACGCCGAGGAGAGCGACUACCAGCUCAUGAGCGACCUGAUCCAGCACAGAUACAACCCCAACGACCACACCAGCCAGCUGGACCGCGAGCGCUUCGGCAACAACGCCUUCUUCCUGACGGUGACGGACGAGACGGCCUUGGAGCGGCCGUCGGCGUCCGACAGCCAAGACAAGGGCUCUGGUCCGUCAGGCCGGCCCCUGGCGCCGCUGGUCCGCGCCACUGCCGUCGAGGGCGUCCAGGGCGAGGCGACGCCCGAGACGCUCACGCCGCUGUCGUCCCCGGUGGCGUCUUCGUCGCCCGCCGUGUCGUCGCCACUCACGCCCACCACGACGGCCAUCGUCCACAAGGCGCCCGCCGGCAAGCCGGGCCAGGCGGGCAAGGCGCCGCUGGCCGUGCCGCAGUCGUCCACGUCCUCGACCUCGUCGUCCAGCGUGAGCAGCAUCCCCUACGGCAACACGGAGACCCUGUGCUAGGCCUCGGCGUUCCCUCGCUGGAGGCUCCGACCGCGACACUCUGCGGGCCUCAUCUGCCACCGAGCUUGCCCGUUAACGCGAAAGGCAGGGCAUAAACACCGUCCUAGUCAUCUUUUUUGGCCCUCGUUUGGCCCCCCACUUGGGGAUAUCUUAACCCUCACUAAGUCUUGGACGUCUCUGCACGUUUCUGCCCGUUUCUGCGGGCAUGAUCGCGGGCAAGUCCUAGAAUAACUGCUGCAGGUUUGUGCGACCCAGGGAAGUACAACGAAAGUAUGUGUCGUUCCCAUUGCAACUUUGCAGAGCCACAGCUUGUUACUUCGUAGUUUGGCUGUGAAUUUUAUCCACCUGUCGGGUACAGAGUAGGCUUCUUAACCAUAUCCAAUUGUUAUCAAACGACGAAAAUAGGUCUGCAAGAAGUGGGUACGUUCUUUUUUAAACUUAUAUUUCGUUUUAAACAUAUCCCUUUCAGGUCCACUCUUAUGUCUUCCAAGGGCCUGUGGGCCUAUCAUUCUGUAUUACACUAUUCCUUGACAACUGUUUGUAAAGUAAGCGCUUUGAGAUAGUACGAUGUGUUGAAUCUCUUUUCUUUAUAACAAUGCUCAUUAAAUUGUAUUCAUCUGUAGGUUCUUUUUCUGUUUUAAUGGGUAAUUAUGGGAGAGGGGUGGGAGGGUUAAAACUUAUACCAUGUACUUUAAGUGACAGAUUUGCAACUUUGUCCAAAUUUUGGAGCCUUUGAUUUACUUGUUAUCUUGUUUUGUUUCAAUCUUUGUUUUAUAAUGUUAUUUUUCUGUGCUGGCACAAUAUUGUCGUCCCACAAUGGCCUAACAAUUGUUACUUUAUAGAAUUUCACAGUCUGACAACUGAUUUACUGCAACUCUGUGGAGUGCAUGUUUCUGUACCCUUAAAGAAAAGUAAAAUGACAUUGCCAUCCUGUUUGAAAGAAAUUCAUAAUGUUUACUUUUACUGUGGCUUAGAGCCCUUAGCUUUUUGUUAACAUGCCUCUGCGUUGAUUAACACGACCGUUUCAUUUUAUUGUAUGUGAAAUCAUUAUCAAUUUCUCAAGGCUGAGUGAUGAAGCAUCCAGAAAACAUCUGAACUCUUUCUAUAAUUCCCCCAACAAAAAAUUACUUAAUGAGUCAUAAGACCCUUGGCAGUUCAUCAUUUUUAAUUUUGUAUGUAUUGUUUGUUAUCAAUUUUAAAGAAAGACAAUAUAUAGCUUUUGCCUAGUCACUGUAAACUCUGUUUUCUCUAAGGUUAAUGUAGAAAUUCUAUUGUUAAAAUUAUUUCUUGAUACUUAAAUCUAUAUCUUUGAAUAUUUAAGUCUAAAGAGCUAUUUCCCUCUCAAAGUGGACUGGACUGUUCUUAGCUUUCAUUUUAACAAAAUCAAUUGCCUUAAGUACAAUUUGUGCUUCUUUCAAAUGUUUGUCUCUUCUAUGCCACUUCCACUAAUUUACAUGUGUAGAAGAGGUAUUCAGUCUCAAAACAGAAGUCUCAAUGCAAUUAAUUUUGCCUUAUUGGGCUAAGGCAUUCCAACCAACAUGGUCAAAUUGGCUUUGCCUACAAGAGAUGGCCCCUUUAGAUUAGAAAUCGGCUGUGAAUACAUCUGUUAUGACAUAAUUUGAGGUUGAGGCAUGAUGUUUCUUCGUGUGAUUCUGCUGGCCUAUUCUUGUUACGCUAUGAAAAAAAACGGCUCAUAUUCAGUAGCUAUAAUGUCUGUUAAGCAAUUAAUUUUGCUUUAAAAACUUUAAAUUAUAAAUUUGUGAUACUCUUCAGAAUAUGAACAUUUCAGAUACAAUCUGAUAGAUGUGUGUGCAUAUCCUAACGUUCGUUCUGCAAACUUUUCUUUGCUCUGUGCAAUAAAAAUUUUACAGUUUAACUGUUCCAAAUUUUUUGAUUCAUUCUUAUCAAGGCCAAUGUGACAAAUUGACGAUGCUGUGUCUGUUCUUGGCACUCAAGCCUAACACACGUAAAAUCAAAAAUACAAACGGGAUUCACACAUGUAAUUUUGUACCUGUAAAUUAUCCGAAGAAAAUGCCAUAAUUUGUAUGUGGUUGUGAGUUGUAUCCCUUGUGACUCCCUUAUUCUAUUGUUAUUUGAAAAACUUUUGUGUAUUUUUAAUUCCUAAACUUGUUUUGCAGUGUCUUCCAUGUUGUAUUUCUGAAACACAUAAGUUUUUCAGAAUAAAAUAUCUUGUAUGGAUUUCAUAGGUUGCUAGGCUAUAUUGUGAUUAAUGCUGUUUGCGUUAUGUGAGUUAGAUCGUCGUUGAGCUUUUGCUUGUUAUUUUGCCCUCUAGGCAUCAGUAUAUUUUGCAUCAUGUAUUGUAAUGAUAUUCUUAAUCUUUUGUUUUGAACUGACCUUCAUAUGUGCGGUUUUAAGUUCCUUUUAAAUUUUAAUGUUACAGUAGUAAUGAAUUAAUUUUGUGGAUUUGAUGCAUUAUGAAGUGCCUCUCAUACCAACCUUUACAUAAUUUGUCUAAUUGUGCAUUGAAUGACAAUUUUUAUUUAAGCAUCCCUCGUAUUGUUCCCUUUCUUUCUCGAAAGUGCAAAGCACCAUCAGUAUUCAAAUUUCAGGUUGAAUUUCAUUUGAUAGCCAUUGGUUUCGAAGGGAACAAGUCUGUUAUUUUCAAAAACACUCUAAAUUGCCCAGGGAUCAGAGAAAAAACUUCUAUAAUUUUUUAGUUUGUGUAUUUUUUCCCCUUUGAGAAUUUAAUCCCAUGGUAAAUAAUAUCUGCCUGUAACUGGUGCACAAUGAUGUUGAAACCUGUGAUUAAGUUGACGUAGCUUUAAGUUCAGUGGGGUUUUGUAUAUUCUCUAGGGUAAAUAUGCCCUAGGAAGCACACAAGUUGUUAAAAGUACCUUUGUGUGUAAAAGUUCAGUCCCAAACAAGUUGUAAAUCAUACCCUAAAUUGUGUUCACAUUGAUACUUAAACAUGUCAGUCCUUCAUAUCAUAUUCAACGUUUUAUCAAGUCGACUGUCUAGAACCUUUAUAGUAGAAGGACUGAAUAUUAAAUACAAAUGAGAACUUAAAUUUUAUUGACUGUGUGUUAACAAAGAAUCAUGCUUCUAGUUUAGUGUAAAGUUAUGAUUUGCACUUUUACAUCUGUCUGUCUACUGUCCAAUAACAUGCAGAUUAAAAUUAAUCUGACCCUUUUAAGUGACCUCUCACAUGCCCGAUAUAUUUACUGUAAUCAUGAAAUUGAGACUGUUCUAUUUGCCUGAUUACAAUUUAUUAUUCUUUGUCGAAAUAAAGCACCGUUCAGUCUCCUCAAA